AUGGAUUCUGGUGAAGAGCCAUUCAAUUGGACGUUGUCCCUACCACCCCAGCCGGUCAAUCCAACGCACCUCAAAGGGGCUGGCGAAGUCUGUGAAACAAAACGCUUUGACUCAUUUUAUAACGCCAAUGGAGACCGUGUCAUUUUGCCCGCCGGCAAGAAGUACAUCUCGAAGACAGCGCGAGCCAAUCAAAGUGCUCUGACAGUCACAAACUACUGGGACGAAGACCAGGAUCUCGAGAAGACUGUGCUUGAGAUCAAAUCUCCAUACAUGAAAGAGGCCCUGAAGAAGGUUGUUCCCGAAUACGCCACUUUCAACAUCGAUGUCAAGAACAUCAGCAUCACUGGCGAACCACGUUGUCUGUUCCACUAUCGCGAUGAGCUUAUGGGUUAUGGGAGGUCUAUGUUGGAAAUUCACAACCUUGAGGCCGCGCAACACAUUCAGCAUCUCAUCUCCUAUAUGUGGGAGGUCUUCGCAGUAGAGAUAGUCUCUUUCAACGCUUUGGACUGGCUCGCAGACUUUGAACCGGCCCUGGAGCACAAGUACUUGUGGAUGAUUUUCAAGCCUGGGGAUGUCGUUUAUGUUCGAGAUUCUGUACCAAAGGCCUUCAGAUUUAACCGAAUCACGAAAUCAACAUACUUCUGGAACUUGCAUGGGUUUGUUAUCGAUUAUAACGGUAAGCAAUUUGGCUCUUCUCUUAUGUGCGAAAACAUCGAAUAUUACGAAGGUUUGAAGCCACUUAAGGAGCUCCGCGUUAUUACCUUUAAUCGUUUGUCAGAGGAAGAGAGGCGAAGUGGGAGAGAGAAGCUCAUAGCCCGCGGCCGCAAGUUUGUGAGCAUUUAUGGGAAACGUUAUCUUUGGUACAAAGAAAGUCCUAGCAAAUCCUCAGGCUCGCAGAUCAAAUCUCGCAUUAUGGCUGAUUUCGAAGGGUACUGUGACAUGGGUCCGGGCUACCGGUAUAGUCUUAAAACUGAUGAGAAGAAGUAUACGCCCGAGCAUGCUCAAGAAAAUCUGACAGAAGAGGACUUAAUGAUUUGUCAGAACCGCGUUGCCGGAUAUUCGUUCAGGGAGAACACGUGGGGAAAAUUUGACAUUGAUGCUAUCAGUGAAAUCACUUACGAUUCAGAAGCUUUUAACUAUCUCAUUCUUCCAGCCGGUCAGAAACAACAGCUCCUCUCUCUUGUUGGUGUGCAUGAGGACGAUGGCUUCUCCUUCGACGACCUUAUCAAAGGAAAGGGAAAGGGAAUGACCUUCCUACUGUAUGGAGAACCUGGCCUCGGAAAAACAUUGACAGCCGAAAGUGUUGCGGACUACUGCCAAAAGCCUCUUCUUCGAAUCGAUGCUGGAACACUUGGAACAUCUCCGCAUUCAGUGGAGAAAGGACUUAAGGAAGCAUUCGGCCUUGCUGAAAGAUGGCAGGCACUGCUUCUCCUUGAUGAAGCUGAUGUAUAUCUGGAGCAGAGAAGGUCGAGAAACCUAACCCACAAUGGGAUUGUCUCUGUCUUUCUUCGAAUGCUCGAGUAUUACCAUGGCAUCCUUUUCUUAACCACGAAUCGAAUCAGUGCAUUCGAUACCGCUUUCAUAUCCCGCAUCCAUCUUGCAAUCUACUAUCCGCCCCUUGACCGCUCGAGUCGAUGUUCACUACUGUACACGUUUCUAAAGCAAAUCUCCGAAGGAAGCGCAGAAGCUUUGAGCAUUGAUGGCAGCCUCAAAAAAAUCGCAAAAGAAAAGCUGAAUGGCCGACAGAUCAAGAAUAUUGUACGUACGGCGUGUGCAUUGGCACAAAGCGACAGCGCCGCGGGCGGUAACAUCCACAGACGCCAUUUGGAGACGGCCUUGAGACCUAUGAAGCAGUUUGCUCGAACCAUGGAGCGGGUUAGGCUAAGUGAAGAGAGAAAGGUUUCAAACACAAAGGAAGAAUUAGAAGAAGACGCGCAAGAAGAUCAGGCAAACUCUGAUGAGAAAGAGAGUAAUGAUGGGGAUGACGAGGAUGAAGACGAGGAUGACUUGGAAGACGAAGAGGACAGUGUGGGAAGCGAAGAAUCGGAAGUUGAAAUUGACUUGACAGGCGAACAGAUUGAGGAGUCUGAGCUGGAUAUGGAGAGUGAGAUUGACGAUGAAGGCAAUAGCAACGGGGAGGUAGAAUUUCAGCAGAACAAGCGUAGACGACUGAUAUGA